AUGGAACGAGGAAUCAGUCUCAGCAAGGCUGAUAUUGUUGAGAAUAUAUUUCUAUGUUUUGAAUCAGUGAAUGGGUCUUGCAAAAGAUCAAUCUUUCCUCCAACAAUACGAGUAUUAUUGUAUCUCUUACUUGGCUCAAUGUCUGUUCUCACAGUGUGUGGCAACCUUCUUGUAAUCAUCCCCAUCAUUCACUUCAAACAGCUCCACACCCCAACCAACUACCUCAUCCUCUCUCUGGCUGUGUCAGACCUCCUCUUGGGGGUUUUAGUGAUGCCUCCCAGAAUGGUAUAUUCAGUGGAUAGCUGCUGGUAUUUUGGAGAUUUAUUCUGUAAAAUCUACACCAGCACUGAUGUUAUGUUGUGCAAUACAUCCAUUCUUAACUUGUGUUUUAUUUCUAUUGACCGGUAUUAUGCAGUGUGUCGCCCUCUCCUUUAUAGAACUAAAAUAACUGUUCAUGUUGUUCUGAUUAUGAUGCUGGUCACCUGGACUGUUUCUGCCGUAGUAGGGUUUUGUAUGAUAUUUCUGGAGCUCAAUAUUUGGGGCAUUGAGGAUUUUUACUAUAAUAAUGUUGCCUGUGAGGGAGGAUGUAUUUUGUUUCAAAACAAAGUGUCGAGUAUUGUGGCUUCGGUGAUCUCAUUCUACAUCCCAGGAGUAGGGAUGCUUAGCAUCUACCUAAAGAUUUUCCUAAUAGCACAGAGACAGGCACGCUCAAUUCAGGGUACAACCAAUCAGAACUCAGUAGGCAAAUCACAGAGGAAGGCCACCAAAACACUUGCUAUCAUUAUGGGGGUAUUUUUGUCAUUCUGGACACCCUUUUUUGUUGUCAACUGCAUUGAUCCUUUUAUUAGUUACUCUACGCCACCCGUUUUGUUUGAAACACUUAUAUGGAUUGGCUAUUUGAAUUCAACAAUUAAUCCCAUGGUGUAUGCAUUCUUUUACAGUUGGUUCAGGAGGGCGUUUAGAAUUAUAAUUUCGGGUCAAAUAUUUCAACCUGACUCUUCAGAAAUACAAUUGUUUUCAGAAUAAAUACAGUGAGCUCCAAACGUACUGAGACAGAGAAACAUUUCUUGUUGUUUUGGCUCUGUACUCCAGCACUUUGGAUUUUAAUUGAUACAUUGACUAUGAGGUUAAAGUGCAGACUGACUGAUUUCAUUUGAAGGUAUUACACUUUUGUACAUAGUCUUUUGUACAUAGUCCCCCCAUUUUAUGGGACCAAAGUAUUGGGACGAAUUCACUUAUAUGUGUAUUAAAUUAGUAAAAAGUUAGAAUUUUUGUCCCACAUUCAUUGCAUGCAACAGUGACUACAUCCAG